UUUGGUCUAACAGCGAUGAUGUCAUCUACUCCAACUGGAGGGCAGACGCCUUCUGUGCUUCAGUCAAUUCAGAUGGAAAGUGGAUUGAUUUACCCUGCAACCUUCAGGAAGCCUUCAUGUGCUACAAAGAGACCAGCAACAUAACUGAGAGAUACACCCUGAUUGAAGAACUGAAAACCUGGACUGAAGCUCAGCAGUACUGUAGAGAACACCACACCGACCUCGUCAGUAUAAGGAACGCUAGUGAAAAUGAAGACCUAGUGAAGAAAGCGCAGGGCAAGCCCUUCUGGAUAGGCCUGUUCAAUGAGACCUGGAAGUGGUCACACCAGGGGGAUAGCUACACAUUUCACAACUGGGACAAUGGGCAACCAGACAAUAGGGGAGGCGAUCAGAACUGUGUGAUGAUGAGUAAGACUGGUGAAUGGUUUGACUAUGACUGCAACUCUCAGUUAGCCGCCUUCUGCUGUGAUGGCGGCUCCUCUGGUCAGUGUUUCUAUGAAGGAACUGGGAAGACAUGGCAGGAAGCUCAGAGCUACUGCAGAAAGCAAGGCAGAGACUUGCCCAGCAUUCAAGACCAGGCCAUGGUUAAAAAGCUUAUAGGUCUUAUACCUUUUCUUAGUUUAUAUAACUGGUAUUGGAUCGGGCUGUAUCGUGACAAAGAGAACUGGCAGUGGUCCAGUGGAGGUGAUGUCAUCUACACUAACUGGGAACCAUACCUCUUCUGUGCUUCAGUGAAUUCAGAGGGAGAGUGGGAGCAUUUAUUCUGCGGUCAGAGAAACUAUUUCAUGUGUUACAGCGAGACCAGCAACAUCACUGAGAGAUACACCCUGAUUGAAGAACUGAAAACCUGGACUGAAGCUCAGCAGUACUGUAGAGAACACCACACCGACCUCGUCAGUAUAAAGAGUGCCAUUGAAAAUGAAGACCUAGUGAAGAAAGCGCAGGGCAAGCGCUUCUGGAUAGGCCUGUUCAAUGAGCCCUGGAAGUGGUCACACCAGGGGGAUAGCUACACAUUUCACAACUGGAGAAACGGGGAACCAAACAAUUGGGGAGGGGAUGAGAAGUGUGUGGCGAUGAGUAAGACUGAUGGAUGGAAUGACUAUGGCUGCAACAAUCAGUUGGCCUUCUUCUGCUGUGAGGCUCAGUGUUUGCACCCCAGUCUGUGA